GGUGCAUACCGCUUGUUGUAACGCCCUUGCUCUCACACAUUCAGUCCAUAGGCGAUUCGAUUCCUUUGCCGCACGCGGCAAGCUGUGAGUCGAGCAACACUCGCAUGACGCUCCUCGGAUCUCUGCAAACCAAACAAUGAACUCACUGCGCAUCUAUUCGAAUAGCUGUGCAUGUCGACGUGUACGCGGGUCCAUCAGCCAAACAAAGUGCGACGAAGCCAGUUCAAGGGCCUCAUAAGCCAGGAACGUAACCUCAGUCUGGGUUGCCCGAAAAGGUCUGGCUUCGCGAGGGCUUGUCGUCUCCCGCCCAACAACUGGGAGGGGUAUCCAUCGGAAGCAUUUGGUGCUGACCUACGUACCAUGAACCCUGAUCCUUCCCGCAGCAGCGGGGAUCACUGGACGAGCACGCCGAGAGCCAAAAUCUCGUUUCCGGGUUCCAUGGGCACCACAACAAGCCACCAACCACCUCAGGCAGUGAUGCUGACCUCCAUGAAGUAGAUGAUGCCCGACACAUGGCCAGGUUCUACCUGGCCAUGCGGAUCGGGCCCUGGUCCCUUCAGGCAUUUGCCGACGUCGAUGUCGAGUCGAAUCGCCGAUGUUUUAUCAAGACGAAUGAGACACCCACCUUAAAAGUUUUGAGGAUUUAGGCCCCGCUGGUAUUGCCUUGAUCGAGCGACUGGUGAAGAGUGUCUCGUCCAGAGUCUCUGCACAGCUCGCGUCUCAGGGUCGAGGCCACUAAAACCCAAGCUAACGGGACGGCUCGCGACCGCCCGCGUGUGAAUUGUGGAUGUGCGUAAUUCGCGAGCCGGGACCCUGCACCGGGUUUCAUCAGUCACCCCAGCAGGACAGGAAAUUUAUCGACAGCUUAUGUUCCGAUACAAAUGUCUCUGCAGCAGCAUCAGGACCGCCCGAACCUUGAGCGAGGAGAACGCAAUUUCUGGUGCGCUAAUCAGCACGAGCUGUGGAAAAGUGCCUGCUGGGCCGCUGGACAAGGGGUGACGCAGUUAUGGCAGUGACUGUGAGCUGAAGAGGGAGGCGUCGCCGCAAAGCCUUUGGUGCCGCUAACGGGCUUGCACCGCGAAAGCAUAAUGCGAGUAGCUCGGUACGCCGCGACUGGUGGACAGAGUUUCCAAGCUCAGGGCGGUUGCUCGUAAUCGCACAUCUUUUCAGUCAGCUCGUGCCUGGCACAUAUGCAUUCCGUGUCGACAUGGUGCAUACAGGUGCUACUGACGCUGGAACUCAGCCUAUUAGAAAUAAAAUAUAAGAGAUUC